CCGUGAACAAAGGAUUUCAGACUUGUGGUUUGUUAUAGAUCAGAAGAGCUGUUCACGAUGGGUUCUAAGAGGAAAAGUUCUGAGGCUACUGCCUCCAACACUGUCUCUGCUCCUGCUGCCUCUGCUGCAGCCUCAGCAGAGACGCAGUCGUCAGAGAAAAUGACAUUUGACUCCAUGGGCCUUGAUCAGCGCCUGAUACAAGCAAUCGCGCGUCUGCAAUUUGCCGAACCAACGUUGGUACAGGAGAAAGCUAUCCCGCUUGCAUUGGAAGGAAAAGAUAUUCUCGCGCGGGCAAAGACCGGAUCUGGAAAGACGGCGGCGUAUGUUAUUCCGCUGAUUGAGUCGAUUAUCAGGAUCAAAGAGAGCAAACCGGAUGAGAAAGCGGUGAGAGCAUUGAUUCUGGUGCCGACUCGAGAGCUGGCUGAUCAGUGCUUGCGACUGAUCAACAACCUGCUUCCGUUCACGGGCAAACUUGUUCGUGCCGUCAACAUUGCUCAGAACGUUGCUGAGCCUAUUCAGAGAUCACUGCUGGCAGAAAUCCCCGACAUAGUCGUCAGUACUCCCUCCCGCGUCCUGAGCAAUCUCAACAACUCCAACCUCUCCGCCAAAGGCAUCACGCACGUCGUGAUCGACGAAGCAGAUCUCAUCAUGUCUUACGGCUACGAAGACGACUUGCAAGCCAUCCAAAAGCAACUCCCCAAGACCCUGCAAGUUUUCCUCAUGAGCGCGACGCUGACCGCCGACGUUAACAACCUCAAGGGCAUGUUUUGCCGCAACCCUGCCAUCUUGACGCUGCACGAGGAAGAAGCCGCCGACGCAGACAGCGGAAAAGUGGAUCAGUUCAUUGUCAAGUGCAGUGAGUUCGACAAGUUCCUGCUCGCGUACGUCAUCUUCAAGCUCGAUCUGAUCAAGGGCAAGACGAUCGCCUUCGUCAACGACAUUGAUCGCUGCUACAGACUGAAGCUGUUUCUCGAGCAAUUCGGCAUCCGCUCCUGCGUCUUGAACUCAGACCUGCCUAUCAACUCCAGACUCCACGUCGUCGACCAGUUCAACAAAAACAUCUACAGUCUCCUCAUCGCGACCGACGACGCAGACCAGCUUGCUGCCGAAGAAGUUCCCGACGACACCAACGCAUCGAAAAAGUCCAAAAAGCGAAAGCUGAAAGACAGUGAAUACGGCGCCUCGCGCGGUAUCGACUUCAAAAACGUCUCCUGCGUGCUCAACUUUGACCUCCCCACCACCGCACGCGCAUACACGCACCGCAUCGGCCGUACCGGUCGCGCAGGAAACUCAGGCAUGGCGCUAUCCUUUGUCGUCCCCUCCGAUAAAUGGGGCACGCACAAAGCCUCCUCUCUCGAGUCGGCGAAGAAAGACGAACGAAUCCUGCGACGGAUUGAGAAGGAGCAGCAGAAAUACCACGGCGCGGAAAUCAAGCCGUACGUGUUUGACAUGAAGCAGGUCGACGCGUUCAAGUACAGAACCGAAGACGCGUUCAGAGCAGUCACAAAGACCGCGAUCCGCGAAGCCCGCAUGAAAGAGCUCAAGCAGGAAAUCCUCGCGAGCGAGAAACUGAAGAAAGCAUUCCAAGAAAACCCCGAAGAACUCGAGCAGCUGCGCCACGACCGCGAGCUGCACGCGGUCAGAGUACAGAGCCAUCUCAAACACGUGCCGGACUAUUUGCUUCCCGAAGCGGGCCGCAAGAGUUUGGUGAAGGAUCUCGGGUUUGUGAGUAUGCGUAAGGGAUCGGAGAAUCGGAUACGGAAAGCGCGUGCGCUGCAUCGUGCGAGAGCAAAGCCGAAGCGCGUUGAUCCGUUGAAGAGCUUUAAAGCUAAGAAGGUUACAAAGUAGAUGUCCGCAUAAAAGUUGUCUUUGUUUUGUUUUCAUUUUGUAUCGGGCGUAUUAGAUUUUCUUACGUGAU